CGGCUUCCUUCCCUCCCUCCAAUCUCUGCUUCCCAUUUUAACACCACGGUCUCCAGGCCCACCCAAAGCAAAGAAUUUCGAUUUGAUUUUGGGCUACUUUCCAAAUCUCGACUGCAAUCAGCCUAUCAGGGGAGCUUUCGUGAAUAAAAUAGUUCAAAAUUUAAAUGGGCGGGCGGGCUGUGGCUGUGUGGUCUUCGUGCUGUGCUCAUCGUCCGAUCCAUUUCCCGUUCUGUUCUACUCAUACUCUUCCACUGCACUGACCAGUGAGCUUCGGCUUCCUUUCGAAUGUCCACUCAUUCAUCACCUUGAUUUUUGAGUUUCCGUUCCAUCGGUACCUGGGUCUGGGAGCUCUACCAUGUCGAAACAAGUAUCUACUUCCCUAUCGCAACCGGAGCCCAACGAGAAUGAAUUCGGAACCUCGCCGAGUGCACUUCAUUUUCCACCUCCUAGAACCCCUUUCAACAUUAUUGCAGAUCCAGCUCAAUACCAAAAAGAAUUUCAGGAUUCUGGUUUUGCUUCCAACUACAAGCUCCAAUCCAUCAAACCCGACUGGUCUUGUGAUACAAAAUCUGAAGUUUCGCUUAAAUUUAGUGGGAGUGCAUGUAUCAACAACGCCACUCCAAGGCUUUCAGCUCAAGGCCGGAGGGUCAGCUCUGAGCCCAGCUCAAGACAGACCACUCCUGCAAAGAGUUCGUCUAGAGUUCCGUUCGGUGGAGCAAUAGUUGCUAGUAAAGCUCACCAACUCGCGGAUGGUAGGGGAGGAAGUUCCUUUAGGCUUUCCAGAAGGAUGUCGAUGCCGAUUCCGAAUACUGAGCUACCUGUCGAAGUUCCACACUUCGACCUUGUGGAAGAUCCAAGUUUUUGGAAGGAUCACAACGUGCAGGUAAUGAUACGUAUUCGACCCUUGAGUACUACGGAGAGAGACUCUCAAGGCUAUGGUCGAUGUUUGAGACAGGAUACUGCAAAGACUUUGGUGUGGCUCGGUCACCCAGAGACCAGAUUCACCUUCGAUCAUAUAGCUUGCGAAACAAUAUCGCAGGAAAGCCUCUUCAAGGUUGCUGGACAGCCAAUGGUGGAAAAUUGCCUGUCUGGCUAUAAUAGCUGCAUGUUUGCUUAUGGCCAGACUGGUAGUGGCAAAACAUAUACCAUGAUGGGUGGAAUAUACGAGGUGGAGGGCAGACUCAAUGAAGAUUGUGGACUAACUUUGCGCAUUUUUGAACAUUUAUUUACAAGAAUUGGAAUGGAGGAAAAGAGCAAGAGGGAUGUUAAAUUGAAAUAUAGCUGCAAAUGUUCCUUUCUAGAAAUAUACAAYGAGCAAAUAGCAGAUCUACUGGAACCUUCAUCGACUAAUUUACAACUCAGAGAAGACUUGAAGAAAGGAGUAUACGUAGAGAAUCUUACAGAACACAAUGUUACAACUAUAAAUGAUGUUGUCAAGCUUCUCUUACAGGGUGCUGCAAACAGAAAGAUGGCUGCUACGCAUAUGAACAGUGWGAGUAGCCGCUCCCACAGUGUUUUUACUUGUAUAAUAGAAAGUCAUUGGGAGAAAGAUUCCAGAACUCACUUUAGGUUUGCGAGGUUAAACUUGGUAGACUUAGCUGGUUCUGAAAGGCAGAAAAGUUCUGGUGCAGAGGGGGAUCGCUUGAAAGAAGCUGCAAAUAUAAACAAGUCGUUGUCAACUCUAGGCUUGGUCAUUAUGUCAUUAGUAGAUUUGGCUCAUGGGAAGCAUAGGCAUAUUCCGUACAGAGAUUCAAGGUUGACAUUCCUACUACAGGAUUCUUUGGGUGGAAACUCAAAAACAACUGUCAUUGCUAAUGUCAGCCCAUCAUUUUGCUCAGCGAAUGAAACACUAAGCACUCUCAAAUUUGCACAGCGUGCCAAACAGAUUCAGAAUAAUGCAAAAGUUAAUGAGUGUGCUUCAGGUGAUGAAACUGCACUCCAAAGGCAAAUCCUACACUUGAAGGGUCAGCUGUCCUUUCUACUGAAGCAUAGUAAUUUUCCAAGGUCUAUACUGAGUAAUGUUCCAAUAUUUGAAGAGUCUGGAGUAAGUGAUUUGUUUGUAGGCUAUGAUUCAUUGGGAGGUAGAAUGGAAACUGCAAAUCAUAAGAUGCAACAGAUGAAACUAAUGGAAGCUACUUUUAUUGGUGCRUUAAGGAGAGAAGAAGUAGCAAAUACUGCAAUACAAAAGCUAGAGUGUGAAAUUGAACACAUGAAGCGUUUGGCUUUCCAACAAGAGGAGGAUGCUCAACGUACUAAAAUGUUGUUAAAAUUUCGUGAGGAGAAAAUUAGACAACUUGAAUUGUUAUUAGGUGGGGUGCUGUCCACUGAUAAAUAUCUUUUGGAGGAAAACAAGGCCUUAGUGGUGGAGAUUAAUAUGCUUCAAGCAAAGAUUAAUAGGAAUCCAGAGUUGACAAAAAUCUCUUCAGAGAACUCUAGACUCAUUGAGCAACUUCAAGUGUUUCAAAAUUUUUAUGAUCUAGGAGAGCGUGAAGCACUGCUAACUGAAGUUGCAGAAUUGCGCAAUGAGCUUUUGGUUGCUCUGGGAAAAAACUCAACCGUAUCUGAACGAGAUAAAUAUCAGGAUGAAACGAUGUCCAUCAAGAGUUAUUCUCGAGAUGACACACUAUCUUAUAUUACAGAAAAUGCUGAGAACUUGGAAAAUGAAACAGGUCAAGGUUCAGAUAACGAAUUCAAUGUAAAGCUCAUAUGUUCUCAGAAAGAUCUGAUCGAUACAAGAACGUUGGCUGAAACAAUGGAUUCAGAAAACAAUAUGCAAGGUGAGAACUACCGAUGCAAGCAGGUCAAACACGGCAUGAUGGGAGAAUUCUUUCAACAGUUUAACGUCACAAAACGUCAAAAUGAAGGCAAUAUGGUGGACCAAAAUGAAGAUGUUGACAACAAAGCUUUACAAAUAAAGUUGGAAAACUUGACUAGGGAACUUGAGGAGGUCAGAAUAUCUAACAUCCAGUACCAAGAAAAUCAGAUCUUUCAGCUCUCUCAACAGAACCAAGUCGAACAUGUUCGUCAACAGGUAGAGAUGGAGACAGCCAGUACAAUUCUUCAAUUGCAGGAAGAGGUUGAAGGCCUUCAGUUAGAACUUAAUGAUAGGUUACAUGGCUUGGCCCAGGAAAAUACACGACUAAAAGAUGCUUUGUCUGUGAAAAGUGAGGAGAUGAGGGUGCUAUGUAUUGACUGGGAAACAGCAAUGAUAGAACUAACAAGUUUCCUUGUAGAUAGUUCUAGAUCUAUCAGAGAUGCACAUGGGCAGAUAGAAGGUAUCGCUAAUUUGUUUCCUAAAGUAAAUGUUGGGAUCAAAGAACAAGUGCAGCGGGCCAUUGAAGUUUGUAUUGAAAAAGAAGAAACAAUUCUAUUAUUGCAUAAAAGUUUGGAAGAUGCACGACUGAUGGUGCAAGAAAUGGAGCUGAAGCUGAAUUCACUGAAGGAAGCAACACUCACUUUAAAUGAAUCACAACAAAUGCACGAUAAUGCAAAUGCUGCAGAUGCUAAACAGUUGAGAACUCUGACGACUGACAAGAACAGCAUGGUAGAGUUUCUAGACAAAAGAUUCAAAUUUCAGAAGGAUCGGUUAGUUAAGACUGAGAAAUCUGCUGAUGCUGCAUUCAUCGCAGUAGAAUGGUUAUCCAAUUCUCAGGAGCUUGCUUGCUGUAAUAACAUUGGGAGAGAGAUGCCCAUCUCAGAGUUGGAUGUUUCAUCUCAAGGAGGCAGUCACGUCAUUGAUGAUGCAAUGGCCAAGACAAAUACAUUACUACUGGAAGAACUAGAUACAGAAAGCAAUUUGAUAUGGUUAGGUAUAAUGGAGUUGAGGAAUAUUACUAGUGCACAUUAUGCAGACAUGGAAACACAUAUUUCAGCCCUCCGUAUCGACAUUCAUGAUCUUUAUUCAGAAUAUCAAGAGUUAGUUCAGGAAAUGGUGAAAGAAAUUCAUGAAUUGAGGUUAAAAGCCAAGACAACGAAUGAAAAUUGUAAAAAUCUCCAAUUCUUCAAAGAUAAAGUUCCAUCAGCACACAAAUAUUGGAACAUUGAAAACCAAGAUAAUAUUUUGGAUCAAAUAAAAGCUAAAAUAUAUGAAGCAAAAAACAGACUAAAUGUUCUUGAAGAUUCCAUUGAUAGAAAUAUAGCUGGUUGCGAAUACCGGUAUAUUAGUCAACAUUCAGUCAAAGAAGAUGGUUGGAGUUCCGAUUGCUCUACUUCAAGCUCUGACAUUUCAUCUGAGAGUGUUAGUUCAAGAGGGAAAGUCUUGGGCUAUAUGAAUGAUGACAGAGGAACCACAACUUGUCUGAGAAAGGAACUGUGUAUGUCGUAUCGUGCUAUCCAUAAACUAUGUAUGCAAAUAGAUGCAUUCCUAGUGCAUGAUAUAGGUGGUGAUCCUUUGUCAGAAGAAAUGGACCAGGCAAAAACACCCUCCAAAUUGAGGAUGGAAAAAGCUGAAGCAGUUUGCGAUAACACCAGUAAGGUAAUUUGUGUUGAGGAAAUUAAGCAGGAUGGUGGAUUCUUAACCAGAUUUGAAGAAGCUCAAGAAGCAAUAAAAGAAGCUGAUCUUAUGUUAAAUGCAUUGUUGAGAGCCAAUGAAAAUGCGACGCAACUAACUGGCAUAUAUAAGCAAGCUGGAGAGCAGUUACAGAUAGAAAGAGACAACUUGAUUGAAGAAGUUGGACAGCUCAAGUCUUCAAUGCAACUGAAAGAUGAUGAGAAUAAAUUACUUCAGGAACAAGUUUGGUUUAGUCUGGAAGAUGUGGCAAACUCACUGUCUUUUCUUGAAGGGUGUCUUUCACAAACACAAAGAGAAGUGGAUGAGAAGUUUGGCAUGAUAUCGUGUGAUGUCAUAUCCUUUAGAGAUGAGAUGCUUAAACCUAUUAGUAAUUGGAAAUCCCUAAUGGAAGAGUUUUUCUUGGAAAUAACGGGAAGAGAAUUUGCUUCAUUUGUUGUCCAUCAGUGCUAUGUGGAAGAAAUGUGUCGGCAAUUUGCAUGCUUCAAGGGAGAACCUAGCUUUCCACUACUUAAACAGCAAAGGUGUAUGAAAUCAAACAAGACUUCAGGAUCUAUCUGCCUUACUGAUAAGGAUGAUAUGAUAUUAACUAGUAAGAUUGACGGAGGAAGAACCGAACUGGUCACAGAUUCGGAAGAGGCAGAUGGAGGUUUUUCCGAUGAUGACAUUUUGUAUGAAAAUUUGGCACUUAAGAAGGAACUGAAGAGGAAGGAGGUUUUAUUAGAAGGUUUGCUUUUUGAUUUUAGAUUGUUGCAGGAAUCAACCGCAAAAACAAAAGACAUGAAAGAUGAGACAGAAAAGUUAGAUUGUUCUAUGAGUCAGCUCCAGCAUGAAUUGGAGAUUAAAGCAAGUCAGUUUGACAAUGUCCUAGUUCACCAGAGAAAACUUGAGGAGCUUCUGACUGAUACUGAAAAGGCUUUGUUAUUAUCUAAUUCCAAGCUUGAGAAGGCAAAAGAAACAAUGAAUACCAUUUAUGAACAUAAUGUACAGUUGAAGAAGCAGGCAGAAGAUCUUUAUCUCAAGAAAUCUGAGGCYGAAAGAAAAUUGGCAGAAGAGCAGGAUAUAGUUAAUAGACUGGAAAAUGAAAUACUCCAUCUUACUGAACACGUCAUUAGCGAAAAGAAAUUACUUUUAUCAGUUGAAGACAUUGAGAACAAAUUGAGGAGAGUCAUUAGUGAGAGAGACCAACUCCAUGAACAAGUCUGCAUUCUGACUGACAAGAUUGACAUGGCAUACGCAUUGGCUGAUGAAAAGGAAGCUGUUGCCACUGAAGCUCAUCAGGAAUCAGAGGCCAGUAAAUUGUAUGCAGAACAGAAGGAAGAGGAGGUGAAGAUUUUAGAACACUCUGUUGAAGAGCUUGAGAGUACCAUAAACAUGUUGGAAACAAAGGUGCAGGACAUGGAUGCGGAGGUCGAGAAAAAUCGCACAUUAAGAGAAUCACUAGAACUGGAGACACAGAUCUUUAGAAAGAGACUAUUAGCUGUAGGAAAUCUCACUGAAGCUGUGGAUUUUGGAGAUGAACUUGUUGAGCACGCUCAAGAGCAAUCCAGGCAACAGGGUAGUAUACUUCUAGAACUGCUUGAGGCACGAAGUAGAAUAAAACUUCUUGAAGAUGAAAGGGCAGAACAAGACAAAGAGAUCAAACGACACAAAGAAUACAUCUUGGAGCUUGUAUUGCAUGCUGAUGCCCAGGCAAUGAAGUACCAACAGAAGUACACAAAUCUGGAAGCAAUGGUUCGUGAUGCAAGUAAAGAUAAGUCAAAUCUAAUGGCUGCACCAUUAGACAAAAUUGAUAAAAGUUCAGCGAGACCAAGGGGUUCGAGCUCACCAUUCAGAUGCAUUUCAAACUUGGUGCAUCAGAUGAACUUGGAGAAGGAGCAUGAGCUGUCGACAGCAAGGCUUCGUAUUGAGGAGCUUGAGGGACUGGCCACUAGUCGUCAGAAAGAGAUAUGCAUACUGAAUGCUAGGCUCGCAGCAGCAGAAAGUAUGACACAUGAUGUAAUUCGAGAUUUACUCGGUGUGAAAUUGGACUUGACUAAAUAUGCUAACUUGAUAGAUCAAUACCAAGUUCAGAAAAUGGUUGUGGAGGCUCAUCUACAGUCGCAGCAAUUCCGGGAAAAGGUACAGGAGGUUCAUGACUUGAGGACACAAAUUAAUGAUCUAAACGAGGAAAGAGAAUGUUACAAAUCUGUUCUAAGCAAGAAGGAAGCUGAAGCACUCGCUACUCAAAUAGCCCAUGAGAAACUACGCGAGCGGGAUCACUUGCUUUCUGUACAGAAUGGGAUACUGAAAAUGGAAAAUAAAAAACUAAAGAGGAAGAUUAUUGAGCUGGAUGAAAAGACGAGCACCCUUCAUCGAACACGAAGUAGCCCACAGAAAAAUCAUCAUGCAUUUCUAACCAAGGUGCAGGAUGACGAGUUAACUAAGAGGUUGGCCCACUCAAAAAUGCUUCUCUCCCGUGUCAACGAUGAUAUCGCUCAUUACCGGAUUCCUAGUGGCAGUUCUUCGCAUCACCGAAGUGGCGGCCCCGGAAAUGAGAUAUAGUCAUCUCAUGACUCGUUUGGAGUAUAAUGGACCAGGAAAACAGGAGCUUGAAGGCUUGUUGGGGGUCAGCCGUUACCAAUGAUUGGUACAACGUUGUAUAUAGUAGCUCGAAGUCCCGCGUCCGGUUUGUUGCAAGUUUGGCUGCUGUUCUGUUCAACGCCUGCGAAGCGAGGCCAACAGAGAUUCAAAUCUCAACUUAAAAAGAGCAGAAUAUUCAAUAUUGCAUGCUGCUGCAGACUCCAAAGGCUGAGAUUCAUUGGGAGUUCGGGGUAUCCAUAUUACCUUAUGGCCAUCCACGUUGGUGUAAUCUGUGAUGUAAAUAAAUCUUCAACUUCAGUUCUUUGGCGAACUUCUAAGCUGUUGCUUUGGUUAACUUUUCAUAGAACGAACCGAGAAAGUUAAUUCUUUUAUGGUGAGUUUAAUUUAGCGUUCAAAUUGGACUGAAGUUUCAAAAUUGCUUUUAAUAACA